AUGGCCACAUCUGGGAGGAUCAGUUUUACAGUGAGGAGCAUUUUGGAUUUACCAGAGCAGGAUGCUAAUAGCAUAAAGGAAGCCUCUGACCAUCGCCACUCAGCGGAGAACUACACCGGCUCGCCGUAUCGAGGGUGGAUAGAAACAGACAGAAAUCACUAUCCCUCUUCCGACGAGAGCGGCCCGGAGAUGAGCUUGCCCGACUCCACCCAAAGGUCGCUCCCCGCCCGCGGUUCGGAGGCCGAGGAAAAGAAGAAGAAGCGGCGGGUGCUCUUCUCCAAGGCGCAGACGCUGGAGCUAGAGCGGCGGUUCCGGCAGCAGCGGUACCUUUCGGCGCCGGAGCGGGAGCAGCUGGCCCGACUGCUGAGCCUCACCCCCACACAGGUGAAGAUCUGGUUCCAGAACCACCGCUACAAGAUGAAGCGGGCGCGAAGCGAGGGCCCCGGCAGCCCCCAGCCGCGCCCGCCCGCCCUGCUGCGCCGGGUGGUGGUGCCGGUGCUGGUGCGGGACGGGGAGCCCUGCGGCGGCUGCCCCUCCAGCCCACCGGCUCCCACGACGCGCCCCAAACUGGGCUGCGCCCUGGCGGGAUGCAGCGCCCAGGCCGCCCUCGCCCUGCAGGGCUACCGAGCCUGCCCGCCCGCCGCGGCCCUCGGCGUCUUCCCCGCGUACCAGCACUUAGCGCACCCCGCCGUCGUCUCCUGGGGAUGGUGA